AUGGAUUCGGAGAAGGCACUAGAACUAGUGAAGCAUGGAGCUACGCUUCUAUUUCUCGACGUUCCUCAGCAUACUCUCAUCGGAAUCGAUACUCAGAUGUUCACAGUGGGGCCAAAUUUCAAAGGGAUAAAGAUGAUCCCACCUGGAAUUCACUUUGUAUUCUACAGUUCGUCCACCAGGGAUGGUAAAGAGUUUUCACCUACCAUUGGCUUCUUCAUUGAUGUUGCUCCUUCUCAGGUUAUUGUACGCAAAUGGAAUCAGCAAGACGAGUGGCUAGCCAAAGUAUCUGAAGAAGAGGAGGAGAGGUAUUCUCAAGGAGUGAAGAGUCUGGAGUUUGACAAACAUCUUGGUCCUUACAAUUUAAGUCAGUAUGGAGCAUGGAAGCACUUGUCUAACUACAUUACCAAGGAUGUUAUUGAGAAGUUUGAGCCAGUUGGAGGAGAAAUAACAGUCAUCUACGAAUCUGCCAUUCUAAAAGGCGGACCUAAGACGGAAAUGGAAAGGGCACUUGACGCGCAGAUGAAGAAAAGCAAGUCUGAGGAAUUAUCAUCAUCUACUGAGCAACCCAAAGGGAAUAGGUUUUACUAUACUUCUAUUCCUCGGAUUAUAAAGCACAAGGGAAUGUCUGGUCAGGAGCUAACCUCUUUGAAUCUUGACAAGACUCAACUGCUAGAAAGUGUAUUGGCAAAGGAGUACAAAGCCUCGGAAGACUUGCUUCUUGGAGAGCUACAGUUUUCAUUUGUAGCAUUUUUGAUGGGGCAGUCUCUUGAAUCCUUCAUGCAGUGGAAGUCCUUAGUUAGUCUUUUACUAGGAUGCACUGAAGCGCCAUUUCAGACUAGGAGUGGACUAUUCACAAAGUUCAUUAAGGUCAUCUACCAUCAACUAAAAUAUGGACUACAGAAAGAGAGCAAUGAGCCAGAGAUGGGAGUACUUGCACUUCUUGAUGAUUCUUGGCUAGCUUCAGAUAGCUUUCUGCAUUUACUUUGCAAGGACUUUUUUGCGUUAGUGGAAGAGGCAUCUGUAGUUGAUGGAGAUUUAUUGUCGUGGACAAGGAAGUUCAAAGAGUUGCUUGAGAACAGAUUAGGAUGGGAGUUUCAUAAGAAGAGCGAUGUUGAUGGUAUCUACUUUGACGAAGAUGAUGAGUAUGCUCCUGUGGUGGAGAUGUUGGAUGAAAGUCAUAUGGCCACUUAG